GGGGAAGUAGAACAAGCUAGUUUUUGAACUUAUUAAAAAGACAUCGGAAGAUGGGGAGUAAAAGCUGAGAAACUUAAAGAUUGCUUGUGGCAAAAGUAAGAGAAUUGUACACCCUUGUCAAAGACCAAGUCUUCUUCAAUUGAAUUCUAUAAAAAAGAGGACAACAUCGUCUCUUCUCACAUUGUUUUCUCGUAUGGAUAAUAAUUCCGUAAUCAAAAGCCAGGGUGAGCUCGAAAUCCAAUCGGAGGCCGAGGCGGAGGCGUAUGAGUCGUAUGUCAACGCAGCUUUAGAAGAUGGUCAGACCACAAAAAAAUCUGUCCAACGGAAUUAUGCAACUGUUCUGACAGAGGAAGAUAUUCGAGCGCUUAUGGAAAUUGACAUUCGAAGUGUUUCAGAUCUUACUUCCCUCUCCAAAGCUGAAGCCACACUUCUGCUUUCUCACUUGAGAUGGGAUGUUGAUGAUAUUCGUGAACAAUGGUCUGCUGGUGCUCAGAUUGUUAGAGAAAGCGUGGGCUUAUUAGAACUUGAUCCACCUUCUGAUGACAACGAGUAUUUUUGCGGAGCCUGUGGCAAAUCAAACCCACAUAAGAACUUCGCAUCGGUCUCUUGUGGCCAUCGUAUAUGCACUCGCUGCUGGAAAAGCCACAUCAACAAAAUCAUCAGUGAAAAGCCAUCUGCUGAAUGGAAUCUUUGGCUGAAAUGCCCUGUUCGUGUUGGUCUCCACGCUUCUUGUCCAGCUUCUGUUGGUCGAGAUAUGAUUGAGGAAUUUGCUUCCAGGGAAGAGAAGUUCAAUUACAAUCAAUAUCUCCUUAGAACUUACGUUGAGAACAGAGAGACGAUGAAAUGGCAUCCUAUCCGGGGGUCUAGAUGCGCGAUUGAUCUUAGUCCUGAUUCUGGAAAUGCCAGUGUCUCCUGUCUCCGUUUGGUUAGAUUCUGUUGGAAUUGCAGAGAGGAUGCUCACAGCCCUGUGGACUGUAAAACUGCUGCAAAAUGGCUACUAGAAAAUGCGGUGCCUUGUCCCACGUGUAUGCAAAGUAUCCCACGAAAUCAAGAUAAUUCACUGAAGAUGAAAUGCUUACCUUGUAACUACGAAUUCUGUUGGUACUGCCGUCUCGACUGGAUUGAACACCUGGAAGGAACUGGUGGUGAUUCAUACACUUGUAACUUCAAUGCUGUCUCGAGUGAUCAAAGUGGGGAAAUGUCAGAAUCUGAUCCAAAUAGAUACGGAGAUUGCUAUGAAGAUUGGAGCAGUAAUGAAUUGUUGAUGCAAAAAGCAGAAGCAAACCUGCCAAAACUAGAUACUGCUAUUAAGGAUCUAAGUAACACACAGUUAGAAAACGUAUCACAGCUUAAGUUCAUCCUAGAAGCUGGGCUUCAGAUCAUAGAAUGUCUAAGGGUCCUGAAAUGGACUUAUGUUUAUGGAUAUUACCUUCGAGAGGAUGAGGUCGGGAAGCAAAAUUUAUUGAAGGAUACGCAAGAGAGGUUGAAGAAUUUUGUGGAGAAUCUAAAUCACUGUUUGGUGACUAAUCUGGAGCCGUUUCGUUACGAGGAGGAACCAUCAAAGGAUUUCAAAGCCUUCCGCAUCAAGUUAACUGAACUAACUAGCUUAACGCGGAACCACUAUGAGAAUGUGGUAAAAGAUAUAGAGAAUGGCUUAGCUAGCGUUGUCUCUGAAGGGGAAGCUAGUGGUUCGGGCCGUAAUCAUGACGAUUAAUCGAGGCUAAUUGUUAAUUUCCAGUUUAUGCACACGGUUUUACUACCGAGAAAUUUAUUUUGUAAUUGCAAGUUGCAGUCUAGGCUGGAAUAUUGGACAUAUAAAAAACAAAACGAGAAUUUUCUCUUUCUAAUUUUUGAAAUUACUGUUGUGAAAAAUGUUUGACUUAACUAAAUAUAUGAGAAAAUAUUGGGUGUGAGUGUUAUGGACUC